GACCCGACGUCCGUGCGUCCGUCCGCCCCUCGCUCCGCCGCGGCAGCAGCAGCAGCCCGAGGAGCCGCAGCCCGAGGCGGCGGCCGCGCGGGCCCAUGGCGUACAGUCAAGGAGGCGGCAAGAAGAAAGUGUGCUACUACUACGACGGUGACAUUGGAAACUAUUACUAUGGACAGGGUCACCCCAUGAAGCCUCAUAGAAUCCGCAUGACACAUAACUUGCUGUUAAAUUAUGGGUUAUACAGAAAAAUGGAAAUAUAUAGGCCCCAUAAAGCCACUGCUGAAGAAAUGACAAAAUACCACAGUGAUGAGUAUAUCAAGUUUCUACGGUCAAUAAGACCUGAUAACAUGUCUGAGUAUAGUAAGCAGAUGCAGAGAUUUAAUGUUGGAGAAGACUGUCCAGUGUUCGAUGGGCUCUUUGAGUUUUGUCAGCUCUCAACUGGAGGCUCAGUUGCUGGGGCUGUGAAGUUAAACCGCCAGCAAACUGAUAUGGCGGUUAACUGGGCUGGAGGCUUACACCAUGCCAAGAAGUCUGAGGCAUCAGGCUUCUGUUACGUCAACGAUAUUGUGCUGGCCAUCCUUGAGUUACUCAAGUAUCAUCAGAGAGUCUUAUAUAUUGAUAUUGAUAUCCAUCAUGGUGAUGGCGUUGAAGAAGCUUUUUAUACAACAGAUCGUGUAAUGACUGUUUCAUUCCAUAAAUAUGGGGAGUACUUUCCUGGCACGGGAGAUUUGAGGGACAUUGGUGCUGGAAAAGGAAAGUACUAUGCCGUCAACUUUCCCAUGCGAGAUGGCAUUGAUGAUGAGUCAUAUGGGCAGAUAUUUAAGCCUAUCAUCUCAAAAGUGAUGGAGAUGUAUCAGCCCAGUGCUGUGGUGCUGCAGUGUGGAGCUGACUCCUUAUCUGGUGAUAGGCUCGGGUGCUUCAAUCUCACUGUCAAAGGUCAUGCUAAAUGUGUAGAAGUUGUAAAAACUUUUAACUUGCCUUUGCUGAUGCUCGGGGGAGGUGGCUACACGAUCCGUAACGUGGCUCGAUGCUGGACCUAUGAGACGGCUGUGGCCCUUGAUUGUGAGAUCCCCAAUGAGUUGCCAUAUAAUGAUUACUUUGAGUAUUUCGGACCAGACUUCAAACUGCACAUCAGUCCUUCAAACAUGACAAACCAGAACACGCCAGAGUACAUGGAAAAAAUAAAACAGCGUUUGUUUGAAAAUCUGCGCAUGUUACCACAUGCACCUGGUGUCCAGAUGCAAGCGAUUCCAGAAGACGCAGUUCAUGAAGACAGUGGGGAUGAGGAUGGAGAAGACCCUGACAAGAGGAUUUCUAUCCGAGCAUCAGACAAGCGGAUAGCCUGCGAUGAAGAAUUCUCAGAUUCCGAGGAUGAAGGGGAAGGAGGUCGUAGAAAUGUGGCUGAUCAUAAGAAAGGGGCAAAGAAAGCUAGGAUUGAAGAAGAUAAGAAAGAAACAGAGGACAAAAAAACAGAUGUUAAAGAAGAAGAUAAAUCCAAGGACAAUAGUGGUGAAAAAACAGAUACCAAAGGAGCCAAAUCAGAACAACUCAGCAACCCUUGAAUUUAAGUCUCCUCGAUUUUAGGAAGCAUUUAAAGUGAGAAAAUACUAGGAUGAAAAUGUUUUCUGUUUGAAGACUUCUGGUUUCAUUUUAUACUACUUUUAGCAUGGACUAUAUUUAUUUUCAAAAUGGCCUUUUUUUUGUUUUUGUUUUUCUUGGCAAGUUUUAUUGUGAGUUUUUCUAAUUAUGAAGCAAAAUUUCUUUUGUCCACCAUGCUUUAUGUGAUAAUAUUUAAAUUGAUGUGGUAUGUCAAAGAAAACACCCCUGACCUAUUAAAGAAGUAUUUGGCCUUUCUGAGCUGACUUUUUCCAUCUUUUGUAAUUAUCUUUAUUAAAAAACUGUGCUUGGA